AUGAAGCUGUCUUCAGAGGCAAUUGUACCGUCAUUUAAACUAAGCUAUGGAGCAAAUGGCCUUAGAAGACGGGGGAGACAGACAUACACUAGAUAUCAAACGCUAGAGUUAGAGAAGGAGUUCCACACGAAUCACUACCUCACGCGGAGGAGACGCAUCGAGAUGGCGCAUGCUCUCUGUCUCACGGAACGACAAAUCAAAAUUUGGUUCCAAAAUCGAAGGAUGAAAUUAAAGAAAGAAAUACAAGCGAUAAAGGAGUUAAAUGAACAAGAGAAACAGGCGCAAGCGCAGAAAGCAGCAGCGGCGGCGGCGGCGGCCGCGGCGGCUGCCCAGGGCCAUCCCGAGCAC